CAAGAGACAGACUUAUCGUUUUCCUUUCCCUAAAACGGAGAGGAGAAAAACAGAGGGAAUGGAGAGCGGAGAGAAUCGUAAGUAGCGAUCGAUGGGGAUAUUGUACGGGAUGGUGGCGAGGGGCCAGGUGGUGCUGGCGGAGUUCAGCGCCACCACGUACACCACAGCCGGCGCUGUCGCCAGGCAGAUACUUGACAAGUCUUUGCCUGGGAAUAGCGACAGCAAUUCCUCUUUUUCCCAAGAUCGCUACAUCUUUCACGUUAAGAGAACCGAUGGUCUCACCGUUCUCUGUAUGACCGAUGACGCCUCUGAAAGGAGAACACCUUUUGCAUUUCUUGAAGAUAUUCAUCAGAAGUUUGUGAGAACUUACGGUCGUGCCAUUCAUUCGGCUCCUGCAUAUGCUAUGAAUGAUGAAUUCUCAAGGGUGCUAAGCCAAGAGAUGGACCAUUAUUCAAACGACCCAAAUGCCGAUAGAUUAAACAGAUUGAAGGGCGAAAUGAGUCAGGUGAGGAGUGUGAUGAUAGACAACAUUGAGAAAGUGUUGGAAAGGGGUGAACGCUUGGCGCUGCUAGUAGAGAAAACUUCCACUCUGCAAGGGAAUACUCUUCGUUUCAAAAGGCAGGCUCGUCGUUAUAAAAAUACUGUAUGGUGGAGGAAUUUCAAGCUCACGUUUGCGUUGAUGCUAUUCAUCUUGGUCGCCAUUUAUGUUCUGCUCACUUUCACUUGUCAUGGUCUCUCACUGCCUAGCUGCUUGAAGUGAUAUUUAUGUACUCUCAAAUAUCAAUCCAUUGAUCUCUUUUUGGCCCCUGGUAAGAAUUUUGAAAUUCUUAUAGCCCAUUACACAUCUUUGAGCUGAUAAUUCGAGCAUUUAUACAUAUACAUACAAGGCAAGAUAGAUUUUUAUACAUCAUGGUGGGUUACAGCCUUCGAAAA